CACAGCGAGCAGCCGUUGUCGACGUCGUUGUCGUCGUCGUCGUCGGACUGCUUCGUACACUCGCGCCGUAGCUUCUCGCCCGUAAGGAAGUGCUGUGCGGAUAAUUUUCGAAGUUACGCUUCAGUCGCUGUGUAACGCGUCGCGCGCAGCAAAUUUACCCAAAAUUAUACACAUACAGGCCAUCAGAGCCAGUCAAAUACAUAUAUCUAGUAUAUCAGCUUUACUUCAUAUUGUAUACUUAUUCAACGGCUUCACGAAAUUUUGCGAGGUGCGUUGUCAAGACUUUCCACUGUGUAUGCAAAUUUGCGGCAAUUAAACGAAACGAAACGAAACAGCCAGCAGCAAUUGUGCCUAGAAACUUCAAAGUAAACCAAUUCAAAAAACCAAAGCAGUAGCAACUACAACAACAACAAAAAACAACGACAACAGCAACUGAAGUUUAAACAAAACUUGAAGAUGGCCUGGGGCUACUGGUCGGCCACAACUGUAGAUCGCGGCCGUUCGCCACGACGUCUAACGCAGUGCACGCCAUUGCCGGUGCAAUUAGUGCAGCAGCAGGAUGAGGAGGAGGAGCAGCAACAGCAGCAGCAGCAGCAAUCACAACCGCAGCAGCAACAACAACAAACGCAAACGCAGCAGCAGCAGCAGCAGCAAGGAGACGGCAGUGGCGGCGGAGGGGAAACUCUCUGCUACAGUCCCAGUUGCCGGUCGCGCUGCUCAAGUCCUUGUCCGGGCUCUCCAUGCGGCUCCAUAACACCGCCACCGCCACCGUUGCUCACUUCAUCGCAGCAACAUCUGCAUCAGCAUUCCAAUAAGAAUUGUCCAGCGGCUCAACAGCUGCUCUCACAUUUGGACAGCUAUGCGGCACGACGGCAAUCGCUGGAUCAGCUGGAUAGUCCGCAGGUAGGCGGCAUCAGUAACCUAGCAGAGCAACAGCAACUCAGUGAACUUUGCCUUUGCUCUCUCCCGCACCAGCAGUCCAAGUACUUCGACAUUCAGGCCAAUCAGCUGUCGGACAUCAUGUGCCGGGGUGCGGUGGUAAGCUCUAUUCAGUCGGCCAAUAACACCCUGACUCGGGGUGUCUCUCUGCACAGUCGCAGCGGCAGCGCUCACGGCAGCGUUCAUGGAGGCAGUCAUCAUGGCAGCCAUCACAGCCACAGCCAUCAUGGGAGUGCGCACGGAUCUUUGGGCUGUUUGCAAAGUGGCGGCGGAGUCGGUAGCACUGGCAGCAUUGGCAUCCUCUCGACCGGACACAUCGAUACCGGCGACUAUGAUGUGCCACAUCCUCAUCCCUAUACGCAUCAUUAUAUGCAGACUACGGCUUCGGUGACGCCACCGCAUGCCACCUUAAGUCGUCCGGGUUCGGCAGGCGCCGUUUGCACGGGUCACGAUUCCGGCUCGGAUUCCAGUCAGGGCUGCGGCGGCUCCAUCAUGGGUGGCAUGUUAGCCAUGCAUGGCUUGGGAGGCGCAGCUCCCGGCCAUAUGGGCAGCCUGGGGCACCACAGUACGGGCAGCGGUUCGCUGGGACGCUGCUCCAGUCGUUGUCACAAUACGAACACGACCACAACUGAUGAUUCCGGCGGCGGCAGCAGCGGUGGAGGCGGCGGCAUACUCAUGGACUAUCAUCAUAGUCAGGGCCGUGGCAGUGUAGGAGGUGGCGGCGUCAGCAUUGGCCAUCACAGCGGCAGUGCAGGCAGUGGAUUGAAUGGCUGUGGUGCCGGCAGCGGCAGUAUUGGUGGCCGCAGCAGCGUUUUGGGCACCAUACACAACGGCCAUGGGCAUCACCAUCAGCAGUACCAUCACGAGUGCAUCCACUAUGAGAGACUGCCCAUACCAGUGCCCAUACCAACGGUACCCAUGACCGCUGUUCAACAGCAACAGCUGCCGGUGCAGCAUCAUCUACAGUCGGAGGAGGAGAUCGAACCGGCAUAUGCGACAGUAUUCCCCAAUGUUCCUCAAGCGCCUGGUUUGUCCUGCGAUGGCGAAGAUCGCAGCAUCUAUAGACGUGGCGCGCGCCGUUGGCGAAAAUUGUAUCGCGUCAAUGGUCACAUUUUCCAGGCCAAGCGCUUCAAUCGUCGCGCCUUCUGUGCCUAUUGCCAGGAUCGCAUCUGGGGACUGGGUCGUCAGGGUUUCAAGUGCAUACAAUGCAAGCUGUUGGUACACAAAAAGUGUCACAAGUUGGUGCAAAAGCACUGCACCGAUCAGCCGGAGCCGCUGAUCAAGGAUCGCGCUGAGGAGACCAGUGAUCCGAUGCCCGUUCCUUUACCGCCGCUGCCUUACGAAACGGUUGGCAGCAGCAGCGUCGGUGGCGAUGCUUGUGAAACGCACGAGCACACGCACAUUGUGGCGCCACCGCCGCCCGAGGACCCCCUAGAGCCGGGCACACAGCGUCAGUAUUCGCUCAGUGACUUCGAGCUGAUACGCGUCAUCGGACGCGGCAGCUACGCCAAAGUGCUGAUGGUCGAGUUGCGGCGGACACGUCGCAUCUAUGCCAUGAAGGUGAUCAAAAAGGCGUUGGUCACAGACGACGAGGACAUUGACUGGGUGCAGACGGAGAAGCAUGUGUUUGAGACGGCGUCGAAUCAUCCGUUUUUGGUCGGCUUGCACUCCUGCUUCCAGACCCCUUCACGUCUCUUCUUUGUUAUUGAGUUUGUGCGCGGUGGCGACUUGAUGUACCACAUGCAACGACAGCGGCGACUGCCUGAGGAGCAUGCCCGCUUCUAUGCUGCGGAGAUAAGCUUGGCGCUGAACUUCUUGCACGAGAAGGGCAUUAUUUAUCGGGACUUGAAGCUCGACAACGUGCUGCUGGACCACGAGGGUCAUAUCAAGUUAACCGAUUAUGGUAUGUGCAAGGAAGGCAUUAGACCGGGCGAUACUACGUCCACGUUUUGUGGCACGCCCAAUUAUAUUGCGCCCGAGAUAUUGCGCGGCGAGGAUUAUGGAUUCUCAGUCGACUGGUGGGCGCUGGGGGUGUUGCUCUAUGAAAUGCUGGCUGGACGCAGUCCAUUUGACAUAGCCGGCGCAUCUGAAAACCCGGAUCAGAAUACCGAGGACUAUCUGUUCCAAGUGAUUCUGGAGAAAACUAUACGUAUACCGCGCUCUUUGAGUGUGAAGGCCGCCUCAGUGCUCAAAGGUUUCCUCAACAAGAAUCCGGCAGAUCGUUUGGGCUGCCAUCGUGAAUCUGCCUUCAUGGAUAUUGUCAAUCAUCCAUUCUUCAAAGUCAUCGACUGGGAAAUGAUUGCACAGAAGGAGGUACAACCGCCUUAUAUUCCAACCCUUGAUCCUGGCGAUCCAUAUAUGACUACAAACUUUGACGUUCAAUUUACCAGAGAACCGGCUGAAUUGACGCCAGAUGAUCCCCAUGUCAUUGAUAGCAUCGAUCAAUCGGAGUUCGAAGGCUUUGAGUAUGUGAACCCAUUGCUGAUGUCUUUGGAGGAUUGCGUCUGACAUCACGAGACGUGUGAUCUGCAUCCGUAUAAUAUGCGUCUUUAUGGUGAGGACUCCAGUGAUUAUGAUUCUGUGGCCGAUGAUUUGAGCAUCUUGCAUUUGAAUAGCGCGAGUGCCGCUCCCAAUACCAAUAAUAAUCUAAGCCAGCAGCUAUAUCGCCAGCAGCAGCAACAGCCGCAGCAGCAAUUUCAUUCGCAUCAGCAUCAACAGCAACAACUGCAGUCAGCAGCAGCAGCAGCUAUGGCUUAUCCACAGCAGCAGCAACAAC